AUGAAGCGAGCCCCCUGGACACAUGUAGGACUCACUCUCCUCCAGUUCCUGCUCAUCUCCUGCUUUCCAAGAGAGUACACAGUGAUCAAUGAAAACUGCCCCGGUGCUGAGUGGAAUAUCAUGUGUCGGGAGUGCUGCGAAUACGACCAAAUUGAGUGCAUCUGCCCAGGACAGAAAGAAAGAGUGGGCUACACCAUUCCCUGCUGCAGGAACGAGGAUAAUGAGUGUGACUCCUGCUUAAUUCACCCAGGCUGCACCAUUUUUGAGAACUGCAAGUCCUGCCACAACGGCUCCUGGGGAGGGACACUUGAUGACUUCUACAUCAAAGGGAUCUACUGUGCACAGUGCAGAGCUGGCUGGUACGGAGGUGAUUGCAUGAGGUGCGGGCAGGUUCUUCGGGCUUCUAAAGGUCAGAUUUUGCUGGAGGGGUACCCACUGAAUGCACGAUGUGAAUGGACUAUUCAUGUUCAAGCUGGAUUUAACAUUGAAUUAAGAUUUUCCAUGCUGAGCCUGGAGUUUGACUACAUGUGCCAGUAUGACUAUGUGGAGGUCCGUGAUGGGGACAAUUUGGACAGUCGAAUAAUUAAGAAAUUUUGUGGAAAUGAGAGGCCGCCUCCCAUCCGAAGCACUGGGUCUUCACUCCAUGUCCUCUUCCAGUCUGAUGGAUCCAAGAACUUUGAUGGAUUUCAUGCUGUCUUUGAAGAAAUUACAGCUUGUUCUUCAUCUCCAUGUCUUCAUGAUGGAACGUGCAUUCUAGACAAAAGUGGUACCUACAAAUGUGCCUGUCUGGCUGGCUAUACAGGGAAUCGCUGUGAAAACUUUCUGGAUGAAAAAAACUGCUCAGAUCCUGGUGGCCCACUCAAUGGCUACAGAAGAGUAGUAGAAGACACUGGGCUCUUGAUAGGACGCUAUGCAAAAAUUGGCACAGUCAUUGCUUUCUUUUGUAACAACUCGUAUGUUCUUAGUGGGAAUGAACAGAGGACCUGCCAAGACGAUGGAGAAUGGUCAGGGAAACAGCCAAUCUGCAUAAAAGCCUGCAGAGAGCCAAAGAUCUCUGACCUGGUGAGACAGAAAGUGCUUCCAAUGCAGGUUCAGUCAAGGGAAACACCUUUGCAUCAACUUUACUCAUCUGCAUUCAGCAAGCAAAAGCUUGAAAUCUAUCCAACCAAGAAGCCAGCACUUCCAUUUGGAGACCUGCCCUCAGGGUACCAGCAUCUGCACACUCAGCUUCAGUAUGAAUGCAUUUCUCCUUUCUACCGACGCCUAGGUAGCAGCAGGAGGACUUGUCUGAAGACAGGAAAAUGGAGUGGAAGAGCCCCUGUGUGUAUUCCAAUCUGUGGAAAAGCAGAAAACAUCACCCUUCAGAAGACUGUGACCUCUACCAGGUGGCCCUGGCAAGCGGCAAUCUAUCGGACUGCCAACAGGGUAAAGGACAACAGUCUCCGGAAAGGGGCCUGGAUCCUUAUCUGCAGUGGGGCCCUGGUGAAUGAGCGCACCGUGGUGGUGGCAGCUCACUGCGUUACUGACCUGGGCAAGACCAUUGUGCUGAAGACAGCAGAGCUCAAGGUGGUUCUGGGGAAGUUCUACAGAGAUGAUGAUAGGGAUGAAAAGACCAUCCAGAACCUGCGGAUUUCUGCCAUCAUAGUGCAUCCCAAUUAUGACCCUAUAUUACUUGAUUCUGACAUAGCUAUCAUAAAACUCUUGGACAAAGCCAGAAUCAGCAGUCGUGUUCAACCCAUUUGUUUGUCAUCGUCUCAAGACUUGAUUUCAUCCACAGAGGAUUUAAAAAUAAUGGUUACUGGAUGGAAGCUAUUGGCUGACGUUAAAGACCCCACAUACAAGAAUGACACAAUCCGUAUGGGAGCUGUUCAGAUGGUGGAUUCACUGUUGUGUGAGCAACAGUAUGAGGAUAAUGGGAUACAAGUCAGCAUCACUGACAGCAUGUUCUGUGCCAAACAAGACCACACAGCCUUUUCUAAUAUCUGCCCGGCUGAGACUGGUGGGAUUGCAGCCAUAACUUUGCCAGGAAAAGCAUCUCCUGAGCUAAGGUGGCACCUGAUGGGCUUAGUGAGCUGGGGUUACGAUAAAACUUGCAGAUUAGAACUCUACAGUGGCUACACCAAAGCUCUUCUCUUCAAAGACUGGAUUGAGAAGAACCUGAAAUAAAAAGCUGUAACUGCAAAUGGCAUUUUAUAACUAUAUUAAAUAUCUCUCUCAGUCUCUGCUGCUUUAGGCUUCUCAUCCAAGUGAUGAGCCAUGUCUGGGAGAAGGUUAAGGCAGACAGCCUGGUAAUUUGUCCUAGGAUCAGAUGUUCCAUCAGGCUACUUUUACUUAACCCAUGACAGAGGGUCUUAGUGCAUGAGAAGUUUUGCCAUAUUUAGCCAGUCUCUCCUGGUGGGAAUAUGA